UUGAGUACACAUCAGCAGUGUCACACCAUCUAGCACCAAACUGAACAACUCCUCAAUGAGCAGGAUGCUGAGACGUCGUCUCACUUUAACGCUUGUCAGUGUCCUCAGCACAUCAUUGCUGGCUGGCUGUAAUCAGAUCAGGCUGGUGAAUGGUCCAAGUAACUGUUGUGGUCGAGUGGAAAUCCAUAACAGUGGCAGUUGGGGAACAGUGUGUGAUGAUGACUGGGACUUAAAGGAUGCAGAGGUGGUGUGUAGGCAGCUUGAAUGUGGUAUAGCAAUCAGUGCUCCUCGUAAUGCUCACUUUGGUCAGGGAAGUGAACCAACCUGGCUGGAUGAUGUUCAGUGUACUGGAACUGAGACUGUAUUGGAUAAGUGCUCACACCGAGGAUUUGGAGUAGAGGACUGUGGACAUGAAGAAGAUGCUGGAGUCGUGUGCUCAAACAUGCAGACCCCGACAUUGACUCAGAUCUCCCCAAACUCUGUGGUAUCAAUUGGAGAAGUCCUUCAGUUCAGAUGUUCCACACCCAGCCCAACAUGCAUCUCUGUAGACUUCAAUUUAUAUAAAACUGGAACAUCAAUAAAGAAGCAAACUGCAGAGUCUACAACAACAUUUACUCUGACUGUAGAAGCUUCACAUCAGGGCGAGUACACCUGUGAUUACACAUACAGGGAAACAUCCUCCACUUCAUCCAGGAGCAGCUCCAUUAGCAUUACUGUGGUCAACCUGCAGCAGCCCAAUAUCUCAUUCACUGCUGCCAGUGGUUUAUUCCACUGGGGAUCUGAUAAACCAGAGGUGACCAUGGGCUACAACUUCUCCAUUAUCUGCUCCACUAAACCUCAGUAUCCAGGAGGUUCCUUCCAUUUAAAGUUAAGUGGAUCCAACUUCACCAAAACUCAAUCAGCCGUUGACCACUCAGCCGUCUUCCAGUUUCCUGAGGCAGAUUUUGUCGAUCAGAGAAACUACAGCUGUACUUAUGAAGUUAGCGUGUCUUCACGUACCUUUGCCUCCUCUGCCACUGAGCUCCUUGUCAUCACUGUGAAAGCAUCUCUGGCUCCCUACAUUGGUGUCGGAGUGACAGCAGGACUUCUUCUUAUCUUAGUUCCAGCAUUCAUUUGCUUUAUCAAGUGGCAAAAAAGAAGACAGGGUCACCCAAAUAAGAACAAUAAUCAGUGUGCCAGAAACUCAUAUGAGAUUCCUCAAGAACGGACUGAGACAGAGACAAUGAAGCUGAUUAUGAAAACGCAGAAACCAUUUUCCAGCAGAAGCAGAAUUCAGAAGAUUCUGAUGAUGAUUAUGUGAAUGUUGAUGAUGAACAAAGAAGUUCCAUGAGCAAUGACUAUGAGGAAGAAGAGAUUAAAAGUGAUUAUGAAAACGCAGAAACCAUUUUCCAGCAGAAGCAGAAUUCAGAAAAUUCUGAUGAUGAUUAUGUGAAUGUUGAUGCUGAUGAACAAAGAACUGACGUGAGCAAUGACUAUGAGGAAGAAGAGAUUGAAAGUGAUUAUGAAAACACAGAAACCAUUUUCCAGCAGAAGGAGGAUUUGGAAGAUUGUGAUGAUGAUUAUGUGAAUGUUAAUGCUGAUGAACAAAGAACUGACGUGAGCAAUGACUACGAGGAAGCAGACAUUAACACUAAAUGUGUAGCAUAGUGUCCAAUAUCCACAGGCCAGGAACAGUUAUAUCAUUAAAUUAGAUAUUUAUCCAUUAUCCAUUGUUAAGGUAUUAUUAUUAUUGUAUUAUUAUCUAUGUAUUAUUGUAUAGAUUACCUUAAACCUUAUUGUUUUUCAGUGAUAUGCAUACAACAAUUCCAAAAAUAAGUUGUCACUCUGUGUAAAAUGUAAAUAAAAACAAAACACAAUAACUUGCAAAUCUCAUAAACCCAUAUUUUAUUUAAAAUAGAAAAUUGAAAACAAAUCAAAUGUUUAAUCUGAGGAACUGCACCAUAGACAAAUUAGGUCAUUUUUCAAUUGAAUGGCAGCAGAUUAGUAGAAGAUGAUUGAGUAUAAAUAGUGUAUCAUAAAGAGGCAGAGUUUCUCAGAAGCAAAGAUGGGCAGAGCUUCACCAAUCUGGGAAAGACAGUGUCUACACACUGUGAAACAAUUUCAGAAUAAUGUUCCUCAAAACAGUUCAUCAUUUACAGAACAUAAUGGAUGCGGCUCAGGUUCCCCUGAGACUUCAGGGCAUCCAGCUCCUAAGCUUUAUCGAUGAUUGGUUGAUAUUAGCUCGAUCAGAGCAGUUAGUGGUCCGGCAUUGAGAUUGUAGCCACUGAGGUUUUGGCUGAUCACCAAGAAAAGUGUGCUUUCUCCGUUACAUAGAACCACGUAUCUGGGCGUUAUAUGGAAUUCGACCCUUAUGCUUUCCCCUGCCCGCAUUUCCUCCAUCCUUACAGCCGAAUUCACUGGAAUGGAGCAGACCUGGUAGCCAUGUUUGAGCACCCUCCAUGGGAGAUUCUUUUGAGGAGGGAUCUUCUUUCUCAAUAAUUCACCCCCGCCCAGAGUUGUGGUGGCUGUGGCUGUGCCCCUGAGGGGUCACAACUCCGAGGAUCUGGAUCAGGAUCAUUCUAAAUUUCAGAGCUCCCGCCUGUCUUCUGACCAUCUGCUCUAUGUAGAGUAGGGGAUUUACAGACCCUCUCAGUGGCCCCCUCUUUUCUCCAGGUAUGGCCAGUGCCUAGAACGGGUUACAUCCCCAAGGUGGCCUCGGUUGUCUUCGACCUGUUAGGCUCCAGGUAAUCCAUCCUCCUCCAUUUUAGGCCCCAGACCAGAAGAAGCUGAAUCGUCUGUGCCUGGUGCAAGCACUGGACACUUACGUCCACAGGACGAGUCCUUGGAGGAAGUUGGAACCAGUGCUUGUCUGCUACGGCCAUCUGAGUAGAGGCCUCCCUGCGAACAAGCAGACUUUGAGCAGGUGGACUACUGACCCUAUUGCGUCCUCCUAUGAGUUUUCUGGUCUCCCCAUUCCAUUUCAGGGUCAGAGCGCACUCUUUGCUGUGCUUUGACUUUGCUGUGCCCAUACACACUAGCCAGGAACUGGUCAGUUUUUCGGUAUUGGACUCUCGUUUCCAAAGCGUUGCGACGCAGCUUGAGUUCCUGAAAGGGAAUGUCACUAGGUUACGUAUGUAACUUUAGUUCUCUGAGUGAAUGAGACGCUGCUUCUCCAUGCCACACAGAGCUUCCUUCUCCUUACAGAAAAUGGCACCAGCUUCAUUGCAUGUGCUUUUUAUAGCUUCCUGGUUGUGACGUCACCCCGACUGUGACGCCGCACCUUUCAUGGGACAGAUUACACACAUGAUUUAGAGUGUGAACAAUGCGGAAGCGUUGCGACACAGCGUCUCGUUUUCUCAGGAAACUAGGGUUACAUACAUAACCUAGAGAUGUUAGUUUUUUUGUUAUUU